GUUUUCAAAGAUGUGAUGAAGAAGGGGAAGCUAACAUAAAUGGAAUUGCUCCAACUUGCAUAUAGUACAUAUCAACAUAUACUGCCACUGAGAUCAUCUCAAUCAUCAAUUCUUAAGUGGAUUUUGAUCUUUCACCACAUGAGAUCAAAUUAAUAACAUGGUGGCACAAAGUAUUGUCAUUUUAUCUUUAUUAAUAACAUAUGCAUUAUCUGCACCAACUGGAUGCAUAGAAUCUUGUAUUUCUUACGUUAAACAAUAUCAAACACAAACUUCUGGUGGUUUGUCACAAACCGCAUCACAUUUACAAGGCCUUGACUAUUCAAAACCUGGCACAUGGUCUGAACAUAACGACUAUGAUAUAGACAAUGGACAUGGAAAAGUGCAUGAAGAACGUGGUCAAUAUGUCACAGGUCCCAAAACAGUAAGAUAUUAUAGGAAAAAUUCUUCUUCUUCUUACAGUACAAUAUAUCCUAAUGGCGAAAUAUUAUCAGAUUUUGAAUAUCAGAAUAAUAGACAUGGUAUACAUUUACCCAAUACUCAAGAAGUUUUUAAUUCUCACAACACUUACAAUCAAAUGGGUAAUUCUGAAUCGGUUGCACAACAUAAGUAUAAUAAAAUACAGAGUCAACAACAUACUCGAUCAUCAUACACUAAAGGUGAAAGACUUGAAGAUCUUGGAGAAUACAGUGGAAGAUCACAAGUGAUUCCGCAAAGUACAUCUAACUUGAAUACACAAAUUUCGCAAGAACCUUAUCAUUUUAAUGGACAGCAUGGAAAUUGGAGUACAGCAGAUUCUUAUAAAACUGAUGGAGGACGUGGCCAUGUAUUUGAAGAAGAAGGUCAAUAUGUAUCAGGACCUCAAAAGGUUCGUUAUUAUAAAAGGAAUUAUACUUCUAGUUACAGUUCAUCUGAUGGAAUUCCUAUUCCUAAAAUCACAAAAAUUGGAAUGCACGAUGUACACCAAAAACUAGAGAAAAUUGAAAAAGAAAUAGGGCAAGAAUUCAAACAUAUUUCUACAGCAGAGGCUGUGGGAUCCACCAACAUUGGACAGGCACAUGUUAAUACACAUGAUUUCUCUAUUGAUAACAUGCAUAAUAUAAACAAUAAUAAUUAUAGAAGACAACAUAACCACAGGAACAGUUUAUCUACAACACAUAAUGAAGAACAGCAUUCCUCAGACAUUAGAAAUGAACAUUUACCUUAUAGGAAUCCUUACCAAAAUACUUAUGGUGCAAACAGCUACAGUACAUAUGAAAGACAUGAAGAAUAUGCACAAAAACUUCAACCAACUAGUCAACUUAUUAAUCCAACAUCAGGAUAUACUAGUGUACUCAAUACUGGAAACAGUGGUUAUAAUAGGAAUAUAUAUAGUGGAUCAACUUCACAACAGCAAACAGAUAAUUAUCAGCAGGCAGAAAUGUUAGAUGCACAUCAAUCUAGACAAAUCGCACAGACCCAAACGUUUCUUGACAAUUUGAGGAACAAUGCACAAAGUCAAAGUAGCAGGAUCCAAUCAGGCAUGCAAGGUGUAUCUCACUACAAAGAACAUUGGAAUGCUAGUCAUACAAAAGAAAUAUCCAUACCACAGCAUACCACAGACAUUUCACAUAUGAACCAGCACAGUCUCCAAUAUAAUGAUAAUCAGUAUGACAACAGACAUAAAUUACAUCAAGGAAUACAACAACAAGAUAGUUAUUUACAUCAAUUCAAAGAAGGUGGCUUUACUGAUGGUAAAAAAAUGUUAGACAAAUUAAUAUCUGGUGUAGAUACUGUGGACUGUGAUUAUAAUUCACAAUAUACACAAAGUGCCUCCCAAUAUUCAAGAAAAUAUAAGCGUCAUGCAAAGUAUGGUAAACAAGAUGAAGUGCAACAAACACAAGGUAAAUACAUCAAUGAUGAUCUUACUCAACAAACUUCUGGAAAACUUGAGUUUGGUCAGGAUUUGCAACAAUCUUAUCAACCUUGGAAACCACAGGGUGCCGAUCAACAAUUAGGAGAUUUUACACAGAAAACAGGGGAAUCCGAUGAUCUUACUCAACAGACCUCUGGAAAACUUGAGUUUGGUCAGGAUUCGCAACAAUCUUAUCAACCGUGGAAACCACAGGGUGUUGAUCAACAAUUGGGAGAUUUUACACAGAAAACAGGGGAAUCCGAUGAUCUUACUCAACAGACCUCUGGAAAACUUGAGUUUGGUCAGGAUUCGCAACAAUCUUAUCAACCGUGGAAACCACAGGGUGCCGAUCAACAAUCAGGAGAUUUUACACAGAAAACAGGGGAAUCCGAUGAUCUUACUCAACAGACCUCUGGAAAACUUGAGUUUGGUCAGGAUUCGCAACAAUCUUAUCAACCAUGGAAACCACAGGGUGCCGAUCAACAAUUAGGAGAUUUUACACAGAAAACAGGGGAAUCCGAUGAUCUUACUCAACAGACCUCUGGAAAACUUGAGUUUGGUCAGGAUUCGCAACAAUCUUAUCAACCGUGGAAACCACAGGGUGCCGAUCAACAAUUGGGAGAUUUUACACAGAAAACAGGGGAAUCAGAUGAUCUUACUCAACAGACCUCUGGAAAACUUGAGUUUGGUCAGGAUUCGCAACAAUCUUAUCAACCAUGGAAACGAUAUAGUGUCAAUCAUCACAUAGAAGAUCUUACACAGAAAGCAGGAAGAUCUGAUGACUUUACUGAACGAACUUCUGAAAAACUUAAAUUAGACCACGAAUCACAACAAUCCCAUAAACCUUGGAAUCUACACAAUACAAUUCAGCAAUUAGAAGAUCUUAUUCAAAAAACAAAGGAAUCUGACGACCUUACACAGCAAAUUCCUGGAAAUAAAGAAUUUGAUAAAAAAUUACAAAAAUCAGACAAACCAUGGAAUAUAUACAGUACAAUCCAACAAUUAGAAGACUUUAUUCAAAAAACUAGGGAAUCUGAUGACUUCACUCAACAAACAUUUGGAAAUCUUGAAUUUGACCAGGAAUCACAAAAAUCAGACAAAUCAUUGAAUAUAUACAGUACAAUACAACAGUUAGAAGACCUUAUACAAAAAACCAGGGAAUCUGAUGAUUUCACUCAACAAAUAUCUGGAAAACUUGAAUUUAGUCAACAAUCACAACAGUCUCAAAAAACGUGGAAUCUACAUGAUACUAUUCAACAAUUGGAAGAUCUUAUUCAAAAAACAAGGGAAUCUAAUGACCCUACCUUACAAUCAUCUGAGAAAGCCGAAUUUGGCCAAAACUCACAGCAAACUCAUCAAUCUUGGAAACCACAGAGUGCAAGUCAACAAUUAGAAGAUUUUACACAGAAAACAGGGAAAUUUGAUGAUUUUAGUCAACAAACUUCUGGAAAACUUGAGUUUGGUCAGGAUUCGCAACAAUCUUUUCAACCUUGGAAGCCAGAGAGCACAAGCCAACAAUUAGGAGAUUUUACACAGAAAACAGAGGAAUCUGAUGAUCUUACUCAACAAACUUCUGGAAAACUUGAGUUUGGUCAGGAUUCGCAACAAUCUUUUCAACCUUGGAAGCCAGAGAGCGCAAGUCAGCAAUCAGAAGAUUUUGUGCAGAAAACAAGGGAAUUUGAUGAUCUCACUCAACAAACCUCAGGAAAACUUGAGUUUGGUCAGGGUUCACAACAAUCUUUUCAACCUUGGAAGCCAGAGACUGCGAGUCAACAAUUAGAUUUUACACAGAAAACAGGGGAAUCUGAUGAUCUCACUCAACAAACCUCAGGAAAACUUGAGUUUGGUCAGGAUUCGCAACAAUCUUUUCAACCUUGGAAGCCAGAGACUGCGAGUCAACAAUUAGAAGAUUUUACACAGAAAACAGGGGAAUCUGAUGAUCUCACUCAACAAACCUCAGGAAAACUUGAGUUUGGUCAGGAUUCGCAACAAUCUUUUCAACCUUGGAAGCCAGAGACCGUGAGUCAGCAAUUAGAAGAAUUUACACAGAAAACGGGGAAAUUUGAUGAUCUCACUCAACAGACAUCUGGAAAUCUUGAGUUUGGUCAGGAUUCGCAACAAUCUUAUCAACCUUGGAAAUCACAGGGUGCCGAUCAACAAUUAGGAGAUUUUACACAGAAAACAGGAGAAUCCGAUGAUCUUACUCAACAGACUUCUGAAAAAUUUGAGUUUGGUCAGGAAUCAGAGCAAUCCUUUCCAACCUGGCAGCCUAAUGUGAGAGAUCAGAAGUGGGGCCAUUUGACACAGCAAACUAAUGCACAACCAGAAAAUGAUUUGCCGAAGCCUGCAGAAAAACCCAAACCAAGAUCGAGAUAUUCAAGGCGUGGGUCAACAGUUAAUACACAUGUAUCAAAUCAAGAUAUGUAUAAUAUUAAUAAUCAGAAUAAUUUGAACCUUAAUGCUGGAGAUACGGAUGCACCAAAUAUUUAUGAAUUACCUCCACAAGUGAAUAUAGAAGGUGAUAAAGAUAAUAUUAGGAGACAAAGUACUAGAGGGGAUCAAGGACAAGAUAAAGAUGUUUCUAAGAAGUUAAGUCAACAAGUUGGAAGUAGUGGAUAUGAUGUUGAAGGAGGAAAUGUAGACCAAGUAAAUUGGUUACACAAAUCGAAUGAUGCAACUGUAGGCUUGCAAUGGCAUUAUACAUAUCAUCCAAGCGAUCAAAGACAAUUUGUACAACAAACAGAUCAGAAGAAUAAGGAAGAUUUGCAGCAGCGAUCAAUACAAACACAAUUUUCUAAUUUACAACAAAAUCCAAAGCAAGAAGAACAAAUUAAAUAUAUAGUUGAUAAUUCAGAUCAGCAGGAAUCACAUUGGCAACCUCAGAACUUUGCAACUGAACUAGGAAUUAAAUCUGUGAGAAAACCAUUUCGUUAUAUUCAGCAUGGUAAUAAAUUGAUGUCUGAUCAACAAAUAAGAGAAAAUGAAAAUUUACAGAAGCAUGUAGAAACUGCUUCAUCUGAACCUAAGCUGCAGCCAAGAAUUUUGGAAGUUUAUGGAGGUGGACAAUAUGAUCCAGCACAUAGCGGAGAUAUAUAUUCUGGAGUGACAAUAAACCCUAGUGCUACACUACCACCUACAAGUAAUACGGAUCCAUGGGAUAUUCGAGAAAAACCAGAAAUAGUGGUAACAACAACAGAAUUGACAAUGCCGCCAUUACCUGUAGAACCUUUAAAUACAAAUGAUACUACUGAACCACCACGUCCAUCGUCUCUUUGGACAAGAAUUGGCCACAAAAUUACAACUACUUUUGAUAAAGCCAAAGAAAAGGCUAGAAAUAUUUUUGGAUAAACAUAACUUUCAAUUUUUUUAAUUGACAUUUAUUUAUAUGUAAUUUUUAAUAUAUAUAGGUUCUUGAUAUAAGCUUCUAAUACAUGUAAGAUUUAUUAAAUAAAGUUUAUUUAUCAGUGUUAUAACGUA